AUGGGUGGUUUAGAAGCAGAUAAGGAGGAUAAAGUGUUCCGAAAGUGGUUCCGGCUUGUUGGAGAGAUCCGAUCGUACUUUCCCGAGGCAUCAUUAUUUGGACUAAACAUGACUUGCACAAAGACAAUUAAAAAGAGAGUGAUAGAAGUUUUGGGACUGAAGGACUACACGAACAUUACAGUUUCCCGAAAUAAAGAAAACAUCAAGUACAUUGUGAAGAAAGUGGACCCGAACAUUGAAAGAUCUUUGUUGUGGAUUUUGGACUCAAUUCGUGAUUUAAAAAAGGAGUUCCCGCGGACAUUAUUUUAUUGCAUCUCAAUAAGAGAUGUUGGGUGUGUGUACAACUUCAUAGUGUCUGAACUAUCAGAUGUUACUAACAUUGAAAACAUGGUAGAGAUGUUUCAUUCUGAAACAACACUACGGAAUGUUGACCAGGACGUAAAAGACUUCCUCACUUCAACUGAUUGCCGAAUAUUGCAACUGCUUAAGCCAUUUCUUUCGGAGAGCGAGUUAAAGCUGAAAAAGUAUAUGACAAAUCUGUCUUUAGAUGAUGUACAUGUAAUGGAAACCUCAAGCAGUGACAGUGAUACUGUAUCAUAUGAGUCUGAAUCUGAUGAGGAUCUUGAUGAGAUUAAAUCAACUUAA